GUUCUAUCGUUAUAUAUAUAAGAUUAGGAGGGGAAAAAUAUUAGUUUAUGUGGUGUUCAGUGAAGUGAAGUGAUAGUGCUUAAAUAUUAUUUUUAAAAUGACAGUAACAAUUCUUCCAUUCGUUUUUGCGCUGUUCGUCGCCGUCAGAGGGAAUUUAGCAGGUGUCGAUCCAAACACACUAUCAUGCGACCCUCGAGGACAAAUAUUCCUGCUUCUUCCACACUUUGAGGACUGUUCCAAGUUCUUCAUGUGCGCACACGGCGAAGAAGUUGAGUUCGCGUGUAGUGGUGGACUUAUAUUUGACUUUGAUUUACAGACUUGUAACUGGCCUCGGGAUACAAAGUGCAACCUCCGCACUAGACCAGAGGAAGACGACAUUGAGGGCUCUGGAGAAGAGGAGUUUGACUGGUUAAUGGACAAAUCAUAUGACGGCUCUGUUAGUAGUUUAACAGCGGAAACUGUCGUCAACAGUGUGAGGCCUCUGAGUAUCGAAUCACCUGCGAAGUCUACAAGCUUCAACAGUAUAUUGAACUGCCAAAGGGCUGACUCUGCUGCAAGACUUGUUCCAUAUAAAGGGGACUGCCAACGAUACUGGCGCUGUAUAAAUGGCGUGCCGCAAUCAGUGUACUGCUCAGAUGGAUUGUACUUUAAUGAUGUAUCCCAACAGUGUGACUUUGAAGCCAAUGUUAAAUGCGCAGUAGAAGGAGAAGAUGAAUUAAAGAGCGAAUUCAUUGUUUACAAGUAGGGGGAACAUACUGAUACUAGACACAGAAUAUUUAUAAAAUGAGAACUUAUGUAACGCAAAAAUAAGGGCAUUAUUUCCAAAGAACAAUUUUCUAAGAGG